AAAAACCAUCAAUUGAAAAGGUUUUAGCAUGGUGAACGUUUUAGGCACUCUGUUUGUCUGCGGACUGGUAAUCGUCAGUGCUACAGAGCCGAAGGAGCAAGAUGUCUUACAGGACUACCAGCGCCUGAUGGGGCUGCGCUCUCUGGGAGUCGAGUUUGCCGAGCACUUUCGCAAUGAGUCCCUCACGGACUUGGAUCUAUUCAACUCCCGAAUACCCAGUCAAGAGGAUCUGUUGUGUCUCGCGGACAUGGCUCAGUUCAUGCAGGCUCUGACUGGUGGACAAUUGUGGGCACUGAAGAUGAUCGACGCUUGGGGCUCCAUUCCCUCGGGUCUACUGUACGGCAAUAGCUUCCAUCUAGGUAACUUCGAUGAAUGCGUCAAGAUCAGCAAGCAGAUCACCCAAGCUCACACAAUAAGAGGAAAGUACUGUUUUCUCAUCGUACCCAUUGGUACUACAAAUCAGUUGACGGCGUUAGGAUCCACAUCACUAAGGAUUGGAUCUUGCUUUCCGGCGUCCUGCUCUGCCGCUCAUAUGGAUACGUUUGUGGGUCAAUUAAUGCAGCAACUGUUCAACUCGAGCAGCACAAGCAUAAAAUUCAGCGAGACCAGCUGCCAGACAAAUGAGUCUAUUCCAUGGGAUGGCAUGACCAUUUUCACAGUUGUGCUUCUUGGCUUGAUGGGCUCUGGUGUGGCCCUCUGCACGCUCUACGACUACUUCUGUUCUAAAGAUAAGAGUGAGGGCCUUCCUACGGUCGUAAAGAUAUUCUCUGCACGUGCCAGUUCCCGCGCUAUCUUUCGCGUUGUGGACAGCAAAUCGAAUCCAAACGUGAUCAGUUGCCUACAUGGAAUUCGCUGCGUAUCCUUGAUCUGGGUGAUUUUUAGCCAUGAAUACGUUUACUCACUAAUUUCUCCGAACAUAAAUACUUUCAAAAUGGUUUCGUGGGCCGUGCAGCCCUUUUCCAGCUUUAUUGUGCACGGAUUUUUCUCGGUGGAUUCAUUUUUCUUUAUUGGUGGCCUGCUAGUGGCAAUGGUUGCCCUCCGCUCAAUGGACAAAUCCAAGGGAAAGCUGAAUGUGCCGUUGAUGUAUCUGCAUCGCUUUAUACGCAUUAUCCCGAUCUUGGCAGUGGCAAUUUUAGUUUACAUCAAGCUGAUGCCAGUUAUUUCUGGGGGACCUAUUUUCAAAGGUGGAUUUCAUGGCAAAGCCGCCUGUGAAAAGGGCUGGUUCUGGACGCUGCUGUUCAUUCAGAAUUAUGCAACAACAAAUAUUUGCCUGGAUCAUUCUUGGUACUUGGCCGUGGACAUGCAACUAUACCUAAUCUCUCCGCUCCUGCUGAUUGCUCUGUAUAAGUGGGGCAAGAAGGCAGCCGCUGGCAUUGCGGUGCUGGUGCUUCUCGUCUCGUCCUGCCUCUUUGCCACAAUGAUGGUCAACAACUACUCGAUGCUCAUUAAGAACGGAAUGAAAGGAAAUGCCGGUCAGAAACUGUACUUGGCCACACACACGCAUGCGGCUCCUUGGCUCAUUGGAUUUCUCUUCGGGUACUUCUUGCACCUCAAUCGGGGGAAGAAGUUCCAGUUAAGCCAGAUUGCCGUGUGGUCUGGAUGGGUGCUUAGCCUUGCCAUGGUCUUCACAUCGAUCUUUGCAUUGUAUCCUGCUGCCCAGUGGAGUGCUCCACCUCUGUCCACCCUCGAGGAGUCUUUCUACUACACACUCACCCGAGUGGCGUGGCCACUAGCUCUGUGUUGGAUCGUGUUUGCCUGCAUGCAAGGCUAUGGUGGUCUGGCAGACAGCUUUCUAUCCUCUCCUUUAUGGCAGCCACUCUCGAGACUCUCCUAUUCCGUGUACAUCUGGCACCUUUUCAUACAGGAAGUAAACAGUAGAAACGUUCGAACGAAUACAUAUUUCUCGAACUACAAUUUGAUGCUGAAUUUCUGGUGUGACUUUGGGUUCACUCUCUUGAUGUCGUAUGUGUUAUACAUUAUAAUUGAGGCUCCUUUAGCCGGAUUCGACAGUCUCCUUGUUCCCCGGGCAAAGACUGUUGUCCAGACAUCAGCUGCCAUCGAACCAAAGGAAGCUUUGGUCGAUGUCCAUCAGAAGCAGCUGAAUGCCAUCGAAACCAGGAAGCAGGAGGAACCUGAAGUGACGGAAGUAAAUGCCCCAUCGGUUGACACUGCCCAGCUUUAGAUUAAGUACAAUAAGUCUUUGUUGUUAGUAUGUGAGGACUUAAGAAUUUCAUAAAUUGUUUGGGUAUCUAUAGACAAUAGAUGUUCAUAACAUUUGAUAGUACGAUAAGGCUAAUGACAAGAUAGCAGUCUUUGAAGCGCUUCCAAAUAGGAGAGCUCUGAGUAAUGCAUUAUUUAUUUACUGCUUUAGCGCCACAUUGUGAUUCAUCAAGUGAAAAUGAAACCGAGACACGCUUAAGUACCCAAGAAAUGGUAUAUCAAGGAAGUCAAGAGCAAAGAAAUUUUAAAACUGAUUCUGAUUAAAACUGAUACUACUAAUGGGUAGUAUUAUUUUUAUGAUUCAUAUAAAAGUAGCCGGGAAUAAUAUUUGGCGCCAUGCAACAAAUGAAUCACAACUGAUUGGCGAUUUUCGAUUAUCAGGCACACAUGUGGCACACUAAUCUCAAAGCCUGCCAAUAUUAACGUAUACAAAUUAA